AUGGAUGAACCAAACACUGAUCCAGUGGUAGAGACUGUUGAGGUACCGACACAACAUGAAGAACCCCAAGAUAAUCAACCCCUAGUAACAUCGACUACCGACAUCGACAAUGGUGAUGGUAAAGAAAUUUCAACCCCAGAGAAAUCAGCUGAACCACUUGAGGAACUUAAAGAAAAACCAAUAGAGAAACCAGUUGAGGCUCCCAAGAAGAAGAAGAGGUUGACCCUUCAAGAGAGAUUAGCUUUGGCUGCUAAGGGUAAACAAAAUUCACAAUCUUCAACUCCAGAACCUGAGGAAAUUGUAAAAGAGGCUGUUAUUACUCCAGAACCUGAAAAGGCUGAAGAAACCUCCAAAGUUGAUCAACCACUAACUGAAACCCCAAAAGAUGAUAAUGAAUCUCAAAGAUUACAAGUUCUUACCAUAGCCAAUAAGGAUCUCGGAAAGCAAAUGGAGAAGUUGAAGAAAGAAAAUGAAGCAUUGAAAAAUACCAAAUCGUCUGAUGAAUUAAAGAAAAAAGAUGAAACCAUUAAACAAUUAUUACAUGAGGGUGAACAAUUAUCUAUCAAGGAAUUGAAAUUAAACGACACCAUCAAGAAACUCAAGUUACAAAAUCAACAAUUAGAACAAGUGGUUGAAGAAAUCAAUGGAAAGAAUGAAGAGAAUAUCAUCAAAAUCACCGAAAUAGAUUCAAUUCUCAAAUCUAACAAAUUGAAAAGUAUAGAUACCUUAAAGACUUCUAUAUCCACAUGGAAAACAUUAGAGACUGAAGGUUAUGAAAGUAAAUAUCAAGCACUCAAUAAAAACUUUGAAAGUCAAAAAAAUCAAUUGGAAGAAAAGACUCGAGAUUUCAAUGAAUUAAAGAUUCAAUUUGAAUUGUAUAAACAAAAUACCAAAAUUGAAAUUCAAAAUAAAGAUGAAAUUAUCAAUGAGUUAAAGAAAGAGAUUAAAACUGUUAAUGCUAACAAUAAUGAUGAAAUCAUUAGAUUGGAGAACAAGAUAGAGAAUUUAAUGAUGGAUUCUAAUGAAUCAAAGAAUAAUGAAACCUCAGAAUCAAUGAUUAAAAUAACCAUUUACAAUAAUUUGAAGAAUGAAUUCUUGAAGUCUAAGGAAAAUUGGAAUUUGAUCGAAAUAUCAAAAGAUAAUAAAAUCAACGAAUUAAACAAUAUGGUUAAUUUGAUGAAAAAGAAUAAAUUACAAACCGUCAAUGAAUUAAAAUCUUUGAAAGAUUUGGUUGGUUUAAAAGAAAAUCAAAUUUCUUCAUUACAAGAAACUAAUGAAAAUCUUACCAAUACUGUAGAUAAUUUGAAUAUUGAAAUUGAAGAGAAAAAUCAAUCAAUUGAUUUACUUGAAUCAAAAUUAGAUAAAAUCAAUUCCAUCUAUAACAAUGAGAAAUCAUUAUUAACCAAUAAGAUUGAUCAGUUGAAUGAUAAAAUACAAGAUUUAGAGGCAUCCCAGCAUGAGAUGGGAGAUACUUUCAAUCCUUCAUUCCAUAAUUCUUCAUUCUCCAAUAGUUUCAACAAUUCAAUUUAUGAACAAUCAUUCAAUACAUCUUCUCAUUCGUUAGAAGAUCAUUCUGAUAUUACUGAACCAAUAAGAACUCCGAGUAGUUUUUCAAUUAUCAAUAGUUCCGGAAGUUUCAAUAACUUCAGUAACAUCGAGAAUUCUAACUCACAAGCUCAUAAUUCCCAUUCAUUCCAACUAAUAAAUAAAAUGUCGUCCUCAAUAAAAAAUUUAAAGAUUGAAAUCAAUAGUUUGAAAGACGAAAAUUCCAAUUUGAUCAAAGACAAAGAAAAAUUACAGAAUAAACUAUUAGAAAUCUCAAAAACUUCUAAUCAAACCAACGAAUUGAUGAAAGAAUUAGAAGAUUUGAAAUCUCAAUUACAAGAAAAGUCCAAUAGAGAAGAUAAUUUACUCCAAUUAAUUGGAGAAAAAGAAGAAAGAGUUGAAGAAUUAGUUCAAGAUGUUCAAGAUUUGAAAGAUUUAUGUAAAUUACAAGUUCAACAGAUGAUCGAAAUGCAAGAAAGUAAAUAG